AUGGCCGUCGCAGCGGUUGUGAUUUUGCCAAUAGGCCUACUCUUCCUUCUAUCUGGACUCCUCAUCAAUUUUCUUCAGGCAUUCCUUUUCAUCCUCGUUCGUCCUUUCUCAAACAAUAUGUACAGGAAGGUCAAUGCCCAUCUUGCAGAACUGUUGUGGUUGGAGGUCAUAUGGCUUUUCGACUGGUGGGCACACAUUAAGGUUGAUUUGUAUAUAGAUUCUGAAACACUUGAAUUAAUGGGUAAAGAACAUGCACUCCUUGUCUGCAACCAUAAAAGCGACAUUGACUGGCUUAUCGGGUGGGUCUUGGCUCAGCGUUCAGGUUGUCUUGGUAGCGCUCUUGCUUUGAUAAAAAAAUCGUUGAAGUUCCUCCCGGUUAUUGGCUGGUCCAUGUGGUUUACGGAAUACAUCUUCCUGGAAAGAAACUGGUCCAAAGACAAGAAUACAUUGAAGGCAGGUUUUGAAAACCUUAGAGAUUUCCCAAUGCCUUUCUGGUUGGCUGUUUUUGUAGAAGGGACACGCUUCACACAGGCAAAGCUUCUUGCCGCUCAGGAGUAUGCUGUUGCAACAAAGUUACCUGUCCCUAAGAAUGUUUUGAUUCCUCGAACAAAGGGUUUUGUUGCUGCAGUAAAUCACCUGCGCUCAUUUGUUCCAGCAAUCUACAAUUGUACGGUGGCCAUUCCAAAAGACGAGCCAUUGCCAACAGUAUUGAGAAUGUUCGGAGGAAGAUCUUCCAGGGUACACGUGCAGAUCAAGAGACACUUGAUCUGUGAUUUGCCAGAAACUGAUGAUGCCAUCAGACAAUGGUGUAGAGACAUAUUUAUCGAAAAGGAUGCUUCAUUGGAGCUACAUCAUUUCAAAAACUCAUUCGAGGACAUGGAAUGUCAUGGCAUUGGUAGACCAAAAAAGUCAUUAUUCGUUGUUAUAGUUUGGUCAUGUGUUCUAAUAUAUGGGGGUGUUGAAUUCUUCAAAUGGUGUUCAUUUUCUUGGGGAACAAUAGCAUUUUGCGCGGUGGUAUUGUUGGUGGUUGUGAUCUCUAUGCACGUUCUCAUCCUAUUUUCUCAAUCAGAAAAAUCGAACCCUCCCCAAGAGGCGUCAGCAAUUAAUAGCCAAGACAUUUUGAAGCACAAGCUUCUUCCAUGA